GGAGGAGUCCACAUCAUCAGACCUGGGACUUCUGUUUUUUUUUCCUUAAAACUACCUGUGAUUGAUCUUUUGCUGUUGUCGCUCUUUGACACUGGAACAGCCUCCUGCAAAUUCUCAUAGCAGCCAAAUCAGAGGUCCAUGAUGACAGCAGCCCUCCUGUGUUUCCUCCUGGCUGGUCCAGUGUUGCUCGUUGCUGGCAGCCCAGUUCAUGACUCCAACAAUGGGACCAUACCACUGGUGCUGUGGCAUGGGAUGGGUGACAGCUGUUGUAACCCUCUCAGCAUGGGAGCGAUAAAGAAAAUGAUCGAGGAGGACAUCCCUGGCAUUUACGUGCUCUCACUGAUGAUUGGGAAAAACGUCAUUGAGGACACAGAAAAUGGGUUUUUCAUGGAUGUGAAUGAGCAGGUGUCCAUGGUGUGCACUCAGCUGGCUCAGGACCCCAAGUUGAAGGGAGGAUACAAUGCUAUGGGCUUCUCCCAGGGGGCGCAGUUUCUGAGAGCUGUGGCUCAGCGCUGUCCCUCUCCACCAAUGAAAAACCUGAUCUCCAUCGGUGGUCAGCACCAAGGAGUGUACGGGCUGCCCAGGUGUCCUGGAGAGAGUUCUCAUAUCUGUGACAUGAUCCGUAAAGCUCUGAACAGUGGAGCUUACUCUGACCUGGUUCAGAAACACCUGGUGCAGGCGCAGUACUGGCACGACCCCUUAAAUGACGACCUGUACAAGAAGCACAGCCUGUUCUUGGCCGACAUCAAUCAGGAACGGGGUGUAAAUGAGACUUAUAAGAAGAACCUUCAGCGGCUGGACAAGUUCGUCAUGGUCAAGUUCCUGCAGGACACCGUGGUGGAUCCUGUUGAUACUGAGUGGUUCGGCUUCCUGAAAACUGGCCAGGCCAAAGAGACAGAGACUCUACAGGAGAGCGUUAUCUACAAAGAGGAUCGUCUGGGCCUGGCAGCGAUGGACAAGGCUAAAAAGCUGGUUUUCCUGGCAACUGAGGGAGACCACCUCCAGUUCACCAGAGAAUGGUUCGACAAAAACCUGCUGCCUUAUUUACACUAAAAAAAUAAAAAUUAAAAAAAAAAAAAUCAACAAAAGUUUUAAUGCUGAUGGAAUCCAGUUAGUCAAUCUGGAGUAGAAUGUGGUUUCAGGCUGCAGUAACUGAAAUGGCAUUUUCGUUUUUUUUUUUUUUUUUUCAACAGCAAUAAAAUGCAGGCUAAGGCUAAACUGAAGCUUAACAACAGAAGCACAUAAUUCAUUCCUUUUGCACUGAUCACUUGCAGCAUGUUGAUGUGGUUUUCUGAUGCCAUAAAUUUUAGCAGCUAAUUUGUGUUGGUGUACUACUAGUUAGCAACACUAGACUCUCGAAUUUCACUGUGAGCUCGUCCGAAAAGGUCAAAUUGUGCGUUUUUUGUUAAAGAAAGUCUUGUUUUAACAGCCUAAUGUACAUAAUCUAACUGAAAUUAUGCAUUUGUCCGCAUUACAUGUUAAAUCCAAUAAAGAGAGACCAACGUA